CCCGCUGCCGUACCUGACCACGCCCGUCAACACGGAGUGCGAACGUAGCAUACCGACCAUGUCAGAGGGCGACACACUGGACAACGACUGUGAUGGACGAAUCGAGGAAGAAAAGAGGGACGACAUAGAUAACGACGGAGACGGUAUUGUCGAUGAGGAUCUGAUCAAACCAAACAGACAGAACGGUGCCUGGACCGAGUGGGUGUACACUGACUGUACAAAAAACUGCUCGGAGCUCAAGCGCUAUGGGACCAGAACAUGUACCAACCCUGUGCCCCAGAACUUUGGCGACGACUGUGAGGGGGUGUCCGCGGAGGUGCAGACUGAGGGGUGUCACGUGAAGCACAGGUGUCCGGGAGUGUGCCCUGAAGGCCAAUGGAACGUGGACUGCACGAGCAAGUGUGAGCGCUGCUACCCAGACUGUGACAAGUGGGACGGCACGUGCAUGGCAUGUGACAUUGGCUACGUUUUACGUAACGGCAAGUGUGACCAGG